AUGGAAAUAAAAUUAACAGUGAUAACUUUAUUUUUUUCAAUUAUUCACGGAAAAGAAAUUAUUUCUAGAGAAAAAAGAAAUGUUCUUUUUCCUUCCGGAAGUGCCAUGGGGAUUUAUCUUGCCUUGGCAUUACCUGUAGAUCUUCCUCAAUACGAGAUUUCAAUGUCUUUUAAUUACGAAGCUAAUUAUAUUCUACCAUCAAAUGCUACAGAACUUGCAUUGGGUCCAUAUCAUACAGAAAUUAGAAAAGCUCGAGCAGUAACAAGAAAAAAACUUUAUACAUACAUUGAAGAAAUAAUGUUGCACCGAGGAUUUUUUGGAAAACCCUGUUUAUUAAGAACCAUAUGUGAAACGCAAAUGAAUCCAAUUUACGGCCACAAUGGACUCGUUGGCGACAUCAUUCAUUUAAUGUUUACGUAA